ACGCAAGCUGUGUCAUUCCGUCUGUCAGCUUUAGAGGAAAAAUAUGUUUCCCAAGUGAUGUGCGUCCACCCGACUUAGAGCGCGUCACCUUUUGCGCCACACCGCAUUUUGUCUUUUCAAACAAAGCAUUGAUAAGAAUGUGGACGAUUCCGAAGCCAAGAUACAGAAGCAGUUCGUGUGGUGAGCCUGAGAUCACUGUGAACAUCGGCGGGGUCCGAGUGGUGCUUUUCGGGGACGUUUUGAAUCGUUACCCGGAGAGCAGACUGGCCGAGUUGGUCAACUGCUCAUCGGCGCAGAACGAAGAACUUAUUUCGUCUCUUUGUGACGACUUUGACCCGGGGCAAAAGGAGUUUUAUUUUGACCGAGAUCCAGAUGCCUUCAAGUGCAUCGUCGAUGUUUAUUACUUUGACGAAAUCCACAUUAAGCGUGGCAUUUGCCCCAUUUGUUUCAUCAAGGAGAUGGAGUUCUGGAAAAUAGACCAAAGUGCGUUGGAUGAAUGCUGCAAAAGUGAUCUGAGCGAGAAGGAGGGGGAGCUGAGGGAGAUAGCCAGCAAAGUCAAGGUGAUUUUGGAGGACAUGGAGGUGGACCAGAGUGCAACGGGCACUCAGAGGUGCCAGCGCUUGUUGUGGAGACUCAUGGAGAAGCCUGGCUCCUCUGUCCCAGCGCGCGUCAUUGCCAUCGCGUCCUUCCUCUCCGUCCUGGUCUCAGCAGUGGUGAUGUGCGUGGGAACCAUCCCGGAAUUGCAGGUAACAGACGCCGAGGGAGAGCUCGUGGAGCACCCGACUUUGGAGGCGAUUGAAACGGCGUGCAUGCUGUGGUUCACCGUUGAAUACCUGCUGCGCCUGGCUUCCUCGCCUAAUAAGUUACACUUUGCCCUCUCCUUCAUGAACGUUGUGGACUUCUUGGCUAUUAUGCCUUUCUACGUGGUCCUCACGCUAACCUCCCUCGGCACCGCCUCCAUGAUGGAACUUGGCAACGUUCAGCAGGCGGUCCAGGCGCUGCGCAUUAUGCGCAUUGCGCGUGUCUUCAAGUUGGCGCGCCACUCGUCGGGACUUCAGACUCUCACGUACGCGCUCAAGAGGAGCCUUAAAGAGCUGGGGCUGCUGCUCAUGUACAUGGGCGUGGGUAUCUUCGUGUUCUCCGCUCUGGGCUACACCAUGGAGCAAAGUCACCCCGAGACUCUGUUCAGAAGCAUUCCACAAUCCUUCUGGUGGGCCAUCAUCACCAUGACGACGGUGGGAUACGGAGACAUCUACCCCAAAACCACUCUUGGCAAGUGCAACGCGGCCAUGAGCUUCUUGUGUGGGGUGAUCGCCAUCGCCUUACCCAUACAUCCCAUCAUUAAUAACUUUGUGGUCUUCUACAACAAACAACAAGUUUUGGAGACUGCAGCCAAACAUGAAGUGGAGCUGAUGGAGCUCCAAUCGGAUGGAGAUGCACGCAGAAAAGAGAGCGACAAAGAUGACCCCUAGAAUGAUGCUAAUGAAUAACAUUUUCAUACUUCAGUGGAAAGACAUAAACAGUGUGAAAUGUGAGAGCAGGGUUGGACAAACAUUAGCCUGCCAUCCAUUUUUGAGCAGCUACGAAAAUUCUAUGAGCUUGUAAUAUAGGACUUUUGUUCGUGGGUGGCAAUGCAGGAAAACAGGUUCAUUGAACCUUUUGGCAUUUUUGGUAGCAGUUGGCCUCUAAAAUGUAGAUGAUUAAAGUUUGCAUCACUUGCACAGCUGUUUAAAAAAAAAAUCAUACUAUUCAAAUAUGUACAGUAUAUAUACACAACAUUUAUUUACCUACACUCAUGUACAUGGUUUUAAUGUGGCAAAUAAAUGUAAGGUGAAGAGUG